GGAGGACAGAUAUAUAAUCGGUCCAGAUGACCACCCUCUCAUCCAGACUGCCGAUGGUUUUUCUCUAAUUUUAACUCUCGACUUAAAGAUACCCCUUUUCUUCAACGGUUUCUCGUAAUACAAGCGACUCACCCCGUAAACCACCCAGGAUUAUCAACGACUGGAGCUUUCCUUGCCCCUCCUUAAUAGCUCUCUUCUACCCCGCCAAACGCCAUACCGCAAACUCUCCCACCUGCAACCCACCGAACUUCCAACCUCUCGAUCUCCUUCCAAACACCACCACCACCAAAACCGACACAAUGGCUGAGCACACCUACAAGUUCAACGUCAGCAUGAGCUGCGGCGGCUGCUCCGGCGCCGUCGACCGUGUCCUGAAGAAGCUGGAUGGCGUCAAGUCGUACGAAGUCUCCCUCGAGAGCCAGACCGCCACCGUCAUCGCCGAGGAGAGCCUGCCCUACGAGAAGGUCCUCCAGACCAUCUCCAAGACCGGCAAGAAGGUCAACUCUGGCAGCGCCGACGGCGUUGAGCAGAGCAUCGAGGUCACCGCAUAAACAACCUUUUUGUCUCUCUCGAUCUGAGUAGCGAACGGAACAUUCUUUGGGGCAAGGAGUUUAUAUGGAACGUGUUGACCACUGCGACAUAAAUGCAGUGCGGCAAUACGUUUUUGCUGCCGAGGACUUUAUUUGCUUUUGCGCACUUGCGAAACCCAUUAUCAAAAAUAGAUAUACUAUGGUCGCUUCGACUCUCCAUUCUUAGGUUGUCUGUGUCCACUAGGUACCUCUGUGCUCUCCGCCAUCGAAAGUCGAGUGGCUCGAACAUUUGCAUGGCCAAGUCACUGUAUUGUUGCUUGAAUGCGACUACGUGUGCAUAGCUUUCCACAGCCGGAUGCUAAUGGCUGGAUGAGUAUCCUUCAAGGGUCUUCUUCUGCGGUUUUUGUUGUGAAGCCACAUCCGACCCGACAAUGUCUUUGAACUGUAGAUCAUCACCCCUCGUGGCUACAUGUUAUUAUUCGCAGCGCAUCUCCGGUCAACUUCGAACCUCUGCAGCUGUGUAAGAUCAAGCCUAGCGAGGGGGUGUCUGUAAGUUGAGCCAGGUUUCUUGUCGCCAACUCACACGAAGGUACUCACGCGACGGUACUACCUACGUACUAUUCUGGCAUCGCUACCCACA